CCUGUUCGGCUUGACCCAUCCAAAAAAAAUACAAACAAAUACAAAAUCGGCAGAGGGUUGUGAGACUUCUCUGCUACCGCUCUAUUCACAACCGACUUUCAUAUUUUUAUCGUCGCGAAUCGUCGCAUGUUCCUGUCCCAGUAACCGCGGCGAUGCUCAUCGAUGGCGAGAAGUGGGCUUGUGAAGCUUGCGUCCGGGGUCACCGCGUCAGCAGCUGUCACCACAGUGACCGCCCCUUGACCCACAUCAAUAAAAAAGGCCGCCCAGUCUCCCAAUGCGCCCACUGUCGCGGCCUGCGCAAGUCACGGACAACCCACACGAAGUGCGAGUGUGGUGACAAGAAAAAGACCAGCCACAAGAAUGAAUUAGAUCCCCACGCUGCGGAAAAGAGGGAUCUCAAGCAGGACUCGCAUUCGAGAUGUGGCUGCACUCAUGGACAGCGCUGUACCUGUGCGCUGAAGAAGGAACCCCAUUUGGAUACCGUUCCGGAGACCGGCCUUCCUCCACCCCCGCCUGCGGCGCUUUUGGAUCAGCCCAAGAAGCCGCAGCUGACCUCGACAAAAUCGGAAAGUACUUUGACGAUUUUCCGAGAUGGUCACCACAAGCCGGCCCACAAGCACAACGAUAUGGCUCACAAAUGUGGUUUGCCCUACACGAUACCCCGUUCUCAUACCAUUCAUUCGACCUCCGAUGUGGCCCGCCGAUCCGUUGACCACCUGCCUUUGGCCCAGUCGACUAUGAUGGGUGAAGGUCUUGCCAGCCAGCAGCCUGCAGAACAGUCGCCCACCCGCGGGCUACAUCGGCGUGUCAAAUCCGAACAUGGAUCUCCAGAGAGUGCCCCCGUCAUGCCGCCGGACAAUAUUUCGACGACCGUUACUCCACUCGACCUCUCGUCCUUUUUCCCUCAGGUCCAGCCGCUGGACAAGCCCAGCGACGUGGGCGUCCCCGAACCCGCCUCGAUGCCUAUGGCGAAGACGCCCCUGGACGACAUUGUGACCGCUGGGCUACCUCUGGAUGUGUCCUCGUUCUCUUCUUUUCCAACCACGGCGACAUCCCCCGUCAAUUGCCUUGCGUUCCAAGAUCCUUACAAGGAACCCUUCUUUACGUCACCGGAGGGCGACAUGUCUCUUGGUUCCGCGCCGUUCAGCGCUCCGCCAGUCGACUGGUCGAGCUUUCCUCUGUACGCCUCGGAUGUCCCGACCGCGACCAGCACUCAAGCACCCUCCUACGCAAGCUUUGAUUACAACUCGAUGGCUCCUGGAUUCCCGGCCCCGAGUUCUUCGGGAGAUAUAUCGGAAGCGGAUGAGUUCGCCCCGAUUCCCGGCUUGGGGCGUACGGGGAGCGAUCUGCACGACCUCAACAGUGUCAGCGAAGGCUCCGACAUCGAUCAUUUCCGCCUGAGCUCCGCCUCGUCUUUCAUUGGUCUGCCUCAGGCGCAGCUCCUGUCGUCUAACAACCUGGACUCGAUCGAUAUUGACGACUUUCUCAAGUCCGCCAAUGAGUCGACAGCUGCUCUGGAACAUCAACUGCAGGCCAACAUGGGCAUGGAAGCCAAGCCUCUUCCGUCCCAGGACGCCUUUGCUCUCCCAAAUACCGAAGCCUUCAAGCCCGCGACCACGCCGACCGCAAGCAUGCCGAUGGCGACGUCCCCGACGGAGCCCGUUUGGCCCGUGACGCUUUACGACCCAAACGCGCAGUCCAUGGACGACAACGGCAACAACUUUUUCGUGCCCCCAUGGGUGCAAUAAGGCCCUGAUGGG